UACUAGGACUUUUCAGCUGGUUCCAAUAUCUAUAUUGUGACUGGAGGUUUCGUUUUUGUGGAGAUUUGGACUGCCCAGACUGGGUCUUGGCUGAGAUCAGCACUCUUUCAAAAAUUACCUCGGUGAAAAUGAAGCUUCUAUGUGUUCAGAUCAUCAAGGACAUGCUGGGUCAGGGCAUUGAUUAUGAUCGAGUGUAUAAAAUAACCUCAGAUGCUAAAUUUGAGGAGGGAGAUGUGAAAGCCAGUAUAGCAGCUCUACAUUUUAUCAUUGCCAGCGCUGCCAAAUAUAAUGUGGAUGGAGAUUCACUGUCCAAUGAACUGCAACAACUUGGCUUGCCUAAAGAACACACAACAUCUUUGGGAAAGUCUUAUGGAGACAAUCUUACAAAACUGCAGGAACAGUUUAGAAAAGAUAGUUUAAAAUUAUCGCAGUUGGAAGGGGUUGAAUGGAGAGUAGACUAUAUCAUUAGCUCAAGUCUUUUAAAGGAUAUCAAUGAGCCAUGUGUUCAGCUGAAGAUGAAUGUAAAACCUGCAGAGGGAGGAGAAGUUGAGCCUGUUUCUUUCACAGCAUCAUCAGAUAAAUUUAGAGUCUUCUUAAAUGAACUUAAACAAGCUAGUUCUGUGAUGGAAAACCUCGCUACUUCUUGAAAGACAGUGCAGACAUUCCUUAUAUUGUUACAGAAAGUGCCAAAACAUUGUAAAUUGUUAUGUGUUAGAAGUAUACAACUUAACUUUAGAUUCUUUUAUAGUGAAGUUUAAUGGCUAAAAGAUUUCAAAGUUUGGGGAAAAUAAUUGUGCAGAUAUUUUGUAAAUGCUAAUUGAGCAAGUGGAGAUGCAGCUGUUGGCCUGGUAUGACUGUCGUUUGUUAUAGUAUACACAUACUGACUGAUGAGUCAUUCAGUUACUGUUUUAUUACAUGACAGUAGGAGAAAUUUUUCAAAUAAAUGAGUGUUUUUUUGCAAGGCGUUUUCACUUUACCCACUAAUGAUUUAAGUGUCUUCUAAAUGUAAAUGAGAUAGAUGACAAAUAAGUAGUUUGAAUCUGGCAAUAAGUUAAAUGUGUGUUGCCAGUCGAAGAAUGUGUUUUACAAGUAGAGAAAAUGACUGUCAUGCAGGACCUCAAUGUUGAAGGUUGUAUUACCAUGUAUAAAUCAGUAUAUUGCACUAGUAUCAAGAGAAAAACUUUUUUAAUUACAGAUUAGAAGGGGUGCAAUUUGAAUUGGCUGAAUAGAUAUCUUUAAGUACUUGCUGCACAUGGCAAGUACCAAAAUGCACUCAUUCUGUAAUAUUUUAAUCAUUUGAUUUUUGGAAAAAAUCGACGAAGUAUUGUUGUCACUGGAUCCUCGGUGUUGGUGUUGGUUAAAAUAUUUGUUUAGGUCUAUCUUUUCUCAAGAACUAUAAGAGCUACAGCUUUGAAACUUAGCACAUUUAUUUAUCAUCAUUAGCUGACUAUGUAGGCCAAGAACCACAACUCUGUUAAUCUGCAUUUUGUUAGAAUAAUGGACCUUUUUGUACUUAGAAAAUUUGAGAUUCUUGGUUAAUUUUUUAGCUCACCUGUCACGGAGUGACAAGGUGAGCUUUUGUGAUCGCUUUUCAUCCGGCGUCCGUAAACUUUUACUUUAAACGACAUCUCCUUAUAAACCGCUAGGCCAAUUUCAUCCAAACUUCACAGGAAUGAUCCUUGGGUGUCCCCCUUUGAAAAUUGUUCAAAGAAUUGAAUUCCAUACAGGACUCUGGUUUCCAUGGCAACCGAAAGGAAAAACUUUAAUAAUCUUCUUGUCCAAAACCAAAGGCCAUAGGGCUUUGAUAUCUGGUGUGUAUUGUCAUCUAGUGGUCCUCUACCAAAAUUGUUCAAAUUAUCCCCCUAGGGUCAAAUAUGGCCCCGCCCCGGGGGUCACAUGGUUUAUAUAGACUUAUAUAGGGAAAACUUUGAAAAUUUUCUUGUACAAAACCACAUGGCCUAGGGCUUUGAAAUUUGGUAUGUAGCAUCAUCUAGUGGUCCUCUACCAAGAUUGUUCAAAUUAUCCCCCUAGGGUCAAAUGUGGCCCCGCUCCGGGGGUCACAUGGUUUAUAUAGACUUAUAUAGGGAAAACUUUGAAAAUCUUCUUGUAAAAAACCACAUGGCCUAGGGCUUUGAUAUUUGGUAUGUAGCAUCAUUUAUUGGUCCUCUACCAAGAUUGUUCAAAUUAUCCCCCUAGGGUCAAAUUUGGCCAUGCCCCAGGGGUCCCAAGUUUUACGUAGACUUAUAUAGGAAAAAAAGUUUAAAAAUCUUCUUGUCUGUGAAACCACAACACUUAGACCUUUGAUGUUUGGUUUGUAGCAUUGUCUUAUGGUCCUCAACCAAAAUUGUUCAAAUUGUACCCCUUGGGUGAAAAGAAGCCCUGCCCUGGGGGUCCCAAGUUUUAUAUAGACUUAUAUAGGAAAAAGCUUUAAAAAUCUUCUUGUCUGAAACCAUACGAUCUAGGCUUUUGGUAUUUGGUGUGAUGCAUUGUCUAGUAGUCCUCUACCAAAAUUAUUCAAAUUAUGCCCCUGGGGUUAAAAGGGGCCCCGCCCUGGGGUCACUUUAAUAGUUAUUAUGUGAGUUAUAUAGGAAAAAUACUUAAAAAAUCAUCUGAUCCUAUUUCCAAGACUGUUUAAUUAAAAUUACCUGAUGACCCCAAGUAAUAUGAUGUCACUUGACUGUGACCUUGACCUACUGACCUACUUUCUUGUUUUUUAAGAUACAGUCUUGAAAUUUUGAUGACAUACACAGUUUUGCACACAAAUCGUAAAACUGAAUUUCAUUGACCAUGAAUGUGACCUACUGACUUUCUUAAUAUUUUAUCAUCAGUUUGACAUUUGAAACAUGUAACUCAUAUUACUUAGGUGAGCGAUCCAGGGUCAUCAUGACCCUCUUGUUGUUUAUGUCCACCUUUUCUCAAAAACAAUAAGAGCUACAGCUUUUAAACUUUACACACUUGUUUAUCAGCAUUAGAUGACUAUGUAGGCUAAGAACCAUAACUCUAACCUGCAUUAUGUCAGAAUUAUGGCCCUUUUUGUACUUAGAAAGUCCGAACUAUUAACUCUUUUCUUACAUUUUGUCCAACACUUGCAGACAAGCGCUGAGUGCAAAGGUGGUGCUCUUGUUUUAGGUUCUGUGACUGUUCAGUGAAUUUUUUUCCAAUUGUUAUCUUUGUUACAUUUUAUUAAAAAUAAAUGAUCUUUUAGUUGUGUGUCCAAUAUUCGCUGAAAUAUUUUUACAUAUUUGACAGAAAUAUAGAUGCUGUAUCAGAAAGCAGUACUAGUGUGUAGUUAGAAAAGUGUUAAGUAUAUUUAUAAAUGUAAUGAAUUUAUCUGUAAGAAAUGGCCUUGUUGAAGAAUAAUGUUAUGCUUUUUAUCAAUAAGUCGACGAAAUACAUUCCAUUUAUUAGAGCAUAGUUACACAGAAUCAUUUGUAAUUAAACUUAAAAUUAAUAAACCUUUACUUUGCUAAAUUUCUAAAAUGAACUGGUCCACCAUUCAAUUUUGGCAGUAUCACUUCUUAUUCAAAGGGGUGUUCACCGAAAAUUUACUGACUGAAUAGCAAACAGUGCAGACCAUGAUCAGCCUGCAUGGCAGAAUCACUUGCCACCAUCAGGCUAAAGGUUUAUAAUAAGUAAAUUAUUGUCAUUUCUAAGCUGUGUAGCUAUGACUGAGAGAAUGUGGUUUUAAUUAAAUAAUGUAUUAUGUGCAAUAACAUAUAUUGUAUAUUUAGAUAAUAAAAAUGUUAGAAUUCA